AUGCGUAUCCUGGGCUCAAGCAGAGGUCUCUGGCAAAGGAAGAAUAGCUACGCUUCCCUCAGCCUGUCCAUUGAUCUCUACUGCGCCCGCCGCCCGUUUUCCAGCUCUCCGCUUGCCCUCAGUAUGGCGCAGCAAGAUCCCCAUGAAGUCCUCCAGCUCGUCCAGAGACUCGAGGCCGCACAGAAGAAACAGGUCAAGCGAGCGUUUAGCUGCAAGAAGACUACAUUCCCAGUCGCCGGCUCUGAUAUCACCGUCGACUCCUGGCGGUUCCAGGACUGGGACUACAAGAAGGGCGGUCUCCCCACGUACGCGCGAGGACUGUUCACGACGACCAACAGGGCCGGAAAGCCAGAGAUUGCCAUCAGAGGAUACGAUAAGUUCUUCAAUAUCGAGGAAGUCAACUCGACCAGGUGGAGGAAUAUCGAAAAUAAUACCCGUGGACCCUACGAGUUGAGUGUCAAGGAGAAUGGAUGCAUCAUCUUCAUCUCCGGCCUGGAGGAUGGCACCUUGCUUGUCUGCAGCAAGCAUUCUACGGGUGCGCGUCAGGAUAUGGACAUGAGCCAUGCAGAGGUUGGCCGUGCAUGGGUUAGAAGGCACGUCGAGUCUGUUGGAAGGACAGAGCAGGAUCUCGCCAGGGAGCUACGGAGUAUGAAUGCCACCGCGGUGGGCGAGCUCUGUGACGACAGCUUCGAAGAGCACGUACUCGCAUACUCUGAGGAGGAAUCUGGCAUAUACCUACACGGUAUCAACUACAAUCUGCCUGAAUUUGCAACCACCAGGGGUCCGGAUGUGCAUCACUUCGCAGACGCAUGGGGCUUCAAGAAGGCACAGUUCCUGGUAAAAGACGACUUUGCCUCUGUCAAAUCGUUCCUUGAAGGGUGUGCAGAGACUGGCUCCUGGGACGGAAGAGAUACCGAAGGGUUUGUGAUCCGGUGUCAGAUGCGCGAGUCCAACGCCCUACCAUACCAAGAUUGGUUCUUCAAAUAUAAGUUCGAAGAGCCAUAUCUGAUGUACCGCCAAUGGCGAGAAGCUACCAAGAAGCUGAUCUACGGCAAGGUUCCUACGUUCAGGAAACACGUCAAGAUAACAGAGGAGUAUCUAAAAUAUGCCAGAAAACAACUUCAAAAGGAUCCAAAGCUAGGCAAGCUAUAUAACCAAAACCACGGCAUCAUCGCCAUGCGUGACGGCUUCCUACGCGAGCGAGGGCUCAAGGGAUCAGAAAUUAUCGCCAUGGAAGCAGCUGAAGGAGGAGAAAUCGUUGCUCCACAGGAUAAAGACUUUGUACUUGUCCCUAUCGCCUCGAUCGGCUGCGGCAAGACCACUGUAGCCGUUGCUCUCGUCAAGCUGUUUGGAUGGGGCCAUUUCCAAAACGACAACGUUGAAGGAAAAGGUAACCGACCCAAACGGUUCGUGCAGGGAUUGGUUGGCGAGCUAUCGAACCACAACUGUGUGAUUGCCGACCGCAACAAUCACCAGAAGCGCGAACGAGAGCAGUUAUUCAGUGACAUGCAGGGUCUAGUGCCUGACGCCCACUUCAUUGCCCUCCACUGGGUACAUGAGCCGAAGAGAUCGAUGCUAGAUGAUAUCCGACGGGUGACGCAGCAACGAGUGUUGGAUCGUGGAGAUAACCACCAGACAAUCCGAGCGGGAAGUAAGAGCGAGAGCGAGAUAUUGCAGAUUAUGGAAGGAUUCCUACGCCGAUUCGAAGCCGCUGAUACUCGACAUGAACCAGACAGCCAUUUCGAAGGUGUAAUUGAUCUAGACGUCACGGCGUCCUCGAGAGAGAAUCUAGAAACCAUCGUGGACUAUUUUUAUGCCAAUCACCCGAAGCUCAUGAAGAGGGAGAAGCCAGAUGCCGCAGAGCUUGAUGCAGCUAUCACAGAGGCCAUGAAGAAUUAUACCGUUGACAUUAAACACGAUCUCAGCUUUCAGGGGAAGGGCAAACCUCAGCAGCAGCAGCAUAGCCAACAGCAACAGCAGCAACAGCAGAGCCAGAAAGUGCAGACACCCGAGCAACUCGCCAAAAAGGUAGAAUACUAUAACAUCUCCGUUCCUGCCGCCACCAUCAAGUCAACCCUCGCAUCCAUAUUCGACUCAUCACCUUCAUCCGAAUUCUCCCACCUCUACCACCUGCUCACAAACUCCCGACGCAUCCAACCUUCAUUCCACGUAACUCUUAUCCACCGCGCGUCCACCACCGACCACCCUGCCAUCUGGUCCACAUACACAGACCUAUACAAAGAAGCCGUUCGUCAGACAUCUGCGUCAUCCGGCUUCUCGGGCUCAGCCACAGUUACAGGAACUCCCACGCCAAGUCUAGGAACAGCUUCCGUCCGCCUCGAGACUCUUGUAUGGGAUAAGCGGAUAAUGACCAUUGUUGCACGUAUCUUGCCUGGCCCGAUGGCCACGGGGGUGGCGGGGGCGACGACAGGGGCAGGGGACGGAGAUGAAGAGCUAUCAACGUGGCCUUGUGCGAAUGAGGUGCCGCACAUUACGGUCGGCACUGCAAAUGCAGGAGUGAAGCCGAAGGAGAGUAAUGAUCUGUUGAAGAGGUGGUUGGAGCUGGGUGCAGGUGAGGAGAGUGGGAUUUGGGAGGCGAAGAUUCCAUCCGUCAAGGUUGUUGAGGGGGUCGUGGGGGUUGUUAUGCGUAGGUAG